AUGCAACCGCCGCCGUUGUCGUCACUGCAGCGGGGCGACAGUCCACAGAAAAUUGUGUGCGCACAGCGUGCUCAUGAUGCCAUUUCAGCUCUGGCUUCGGGUCAUCGAAGCGCGUCAUCGCUGCCGGUAGCGCGAGCUACGGAGGCAGCCGAAAAAGCUAGGCCGUCGACAUCGCGGGUGCUAGCAGGGCCUUCUCGACUUCUAGGGCAGCAGCAACAGGCACCGGCAACCUGCCAGCGCCUUCAGCGACGAGGUGACGUGGACACGUUACCUGCGAUUGGCCACCUUCAGGCUGCGCGCCGUGUGACCAACACGGACUGGUUUCAUCCCUUACGUGCCUUGGAGCGGCAACGGCAGACGGCGGCAGAGGCAUACAUCCCCUAUACCAUCGCUGCGGCAGAGGCCGAGGAUGCCCAGCGAGCUAGACUUGCGCUCGCACCAAUGCCACUGGACUGGGGUUGCUGUGAAGCGAAAUACGCAGACGAUCUCAGCGUUCAGCGGCCUUCCUCUGCCAAGGCGCACCGAGAUGUCGACGCGGUGAUACCCGCGCAGACGCGUCUCUCGAAUGUUGGCCUCCUUCGCCGGUUGUCCUUCGUCGCCACAGAACCAUCGCCGCGAAGGCUCCUCACUCGUGAGCCUCCAUCGAGAUCCUGUCGGGGUGGCGGUUCUUGUUUCUCAGCUGCACACCCCACCACCUCGCGUUGUGGCGCUAGCGUGCACACGGGGACCAAGGAUGAAAUGGCUGAUACGCUGACUGAAAAGGUCGAUGCGGUAACUCCAACGCGGGAAAGCCUGGCAGACAUGCCGGCCUUACCGGCACUGGAGAGCGCUGCGGACUUGGAUGCGCACCUACGCUGCAUCUCUCGGCAGUACGCGCGACUCGACCGUUUGCUCAGAGGCUACAGCACCCCAGACGACCACGACGUCGUUGCUUUCCGCGUGGUGCCUACCGAGACACCGGCGCCGCUGCCACAAGAGCCGGCGCCGCCUUGCCUCUACCCACAACCGCCCCCCUUCACCAGUGUCGUGAGGCUCGUCGUACAGCCGUCCAUUCAGCUUUCGCUGCAUUCCUCUCUCUCCCUUGGGGCCCCAUUCAGCUCCUUUUAUAUCACGCCCGCAGUGCAGCUCACACGCCUUUCGGCCACGCAGGUGCAAGGACUGCCCUCCUUCGCUUCGCUGACUGCCGCCACGUCUGGUGCAGUCAGCACACCCCUGACCAGUGCAAACACCGCCCUUCGCCACUUCCGCGCCGGAAAACGACUACCGCAGCACCCCCGCCACUGGCACAGCGUAAGCUAUCAAGACCUCUCCAACCGCCACUCUGAACACCACCCCACCUCCGCCAGAACACCUCCAUACACCGGCGCACAUGACGCACGCUUUCGGCGUCACUCUGCGUGCCUCAUGGAGGGGCCCUUUCACAACCUCCUCUACCAUGAGCAGCACCAGCGCUCACAAAUCGACGCAGAUGCCCACCGCGCCCUCAGCACCGUACGCACCUUGCACACCCAGUACUGCCAGUACUUGGAAGUGACCCGUAGUCAGCAAAAGACCUGCGAAACAGCCCCCGAAAUACACGAGAUCUCGCGCCUCGUUCCUCGUUAUUCAUCCAAAAAAAUAGAAAACAGGCAAACAGGCAACCAUCAUCACCGUCAGCUGCUAAACUUCUCCCACCCAAACUUCACCAAAAAACCCGCCAGUGCCACCCACGCUGGUGCUCCGCAGGAGGCGUACGAGGACGUGGAGGAGGCUUGCCGCGCUGGUGCUCCGCAGGAGGCGUACGAGGACGUGGAGGAGGUUGGCCACGCUGGUGCUCCGCAGGAGGCGUACGAGGACGUGGAGGAGGCUGGCCACGCUGGUGCUCCGCAGGAGGCGUACGAGGACGUGGAGGAGGCUUGCCGCGCUGGUGCUCCGCAGGAGGCGUACGAGGACGUGGAGGAGGCUUGCCGCGCUGGUGCUCCGCAGGAGGCGUACGAGGACGUGGAGGAGGCUUGCCGCGCUGGUGCUCCGCAGGAGGCGUACGAGGACGUGGAGGAGGCUGGCCACGCUGGUGCUCCGCAGGAGGCGUACGAGGACGUGGAGGAGGCUUGCCGCGCUGGUGCUCCGCAGGAGGCGUACGAGGACGUGGAGGAGGCUUGCCGCGCUGGUGCUCCGCAGGAGGCGUACGAGGACGUGGAGGAGGCUGGCCACGCUGGUGCUCCGCAGGAGGCGUACGAGGACGUGGAGGAGGCUGGCCACGCUGGUGCUCCGCAGGAGGCGUACGAGGACGUGGAGGAGGUUGGCCACGCUGGUGCUCCGCAGGAGGCGUACGAGGACGUGGAGGAGGCUGGCCGCGCUGGUGCUCCGCAGGAGGCGUACGAGGACGUGGAGGAGGCUUGCCGCGCUGGUGCUCCGCAGGAGGCGUACGAGGACGUGGAGGAGGCUUGCCGCGCUGGUGCUCCGCAGGAGGCGUACGAGGACGUGGAGGAGGCUUGCCGCGCUGGUGCUCCGCAGGAGGCGUACGAGGACGUGGAGGAGGCUUGCCGCGCUGGUGCUCCGCAGGAGGCGUACGAGGACGUGGAGGAGGCUUGCCGCGCUCGUGCUCCGCAGGAGGCGUACGAGGACGUGGAGGAGGCUGGCCACGCUGGUGCUCCGCAGGAGGCGUACGAGGACGUGGAGGAGGUUGGCCGCGCUGGUGCUCCGCAGGAGGCGUACGAGGACGUGGAGGAGGCUUGCCGCGCUGGUGCUCCGCAGGAGGCGUACGAAGACGUGGAGGAGGCUUGCCACGCUGGUGCUCCGCAGGAGGCGUACGAGGACGUGGAGGAGGCUGGCCACGCUGGUGCUCCGCAGGAGGCGUACGAGGACGUGGAGGAGGCUUGCCGCGCUGGUGCUCCGCAGGAGGCGUACGAGGACGUGGAGGAGGCUUGCCGCGCUGGUGCUCCGCAGGAGGCGUACGAGGACGUGGAGGAGGCUUGCCGCGCUGGUGCUCCGCAGGAGGCGUACGAGGACGUGGAGGAGGCUUGCCGCGCUGGUGCUCCGCAGGAGGCGUACGAGGACGUGGAGGAGGCUUGCCGCGCUCGUGCUCCGCAGGAGGCGUACGAGGACGUGGAGGAGGUUGGCCACGCUGGUGCUCCGCAGGAGGCGUACGAGGACGUGGAGGAGGCUUGCCGCGCUGGUGCUCCGCAGGAGGCGUACGAGGACGUGGAGGAGGCUGGCCGCGCUGGUGCUCCGCAGGAGGCGUACGAGGACGUGGAGGAGGCUGGCCACGCUGGUGCUCCGCAGGAGGCGUACGAGGACGUGGAGGAGGUUGGCCACGCUGGUGCUCCGCAGGAGGCGUACGAGGACGUGGAGGAGGCUUGCCGCGCUGGUGCUCCGCAGGAGGCGUACGAGGACGUGGAGGAGGUUGGCCACGCUGGUGCUCCGCAGGAGGCGUACGAGGACGUGGAGGAGGCUUGCCGCGCUGGUGCUCCGCAGGAGGCGUACGAGGACGUGGAGGAGGUUGGCCGCGCUGGUGCUCCGCAGGAGGCGUACGAGGACGUGGAGGAGGCUUGCCGCGCUGGUGCUCCGCAGGAGGCGUACGAGGACGUGGAGGAGGCUGGCCGCGCUGGUGCUCUGCAGGAGGCGUACGAGGACGUGGAGGAGGCUUGCCGCGCUGGUGCUCCGCAGGAGGCGUACGAGGACGUGGAGGAGGCUUGCCGCGCUGGUGCUCCGCAGGAGGCGUACGAGGACGUGGAGGAGGCUUGCCGCGCUGGUGCUCCGCAGGAGGCGUACGAGGACGUGGAGGAGGCUGGCCACGCUGGUGCUCCGCAGGAGGCGUACGAGGACGUGGAGGAGGCUUGCCGCGCUCGUGCUCCGCAGGAGGCGUACGAGGACGUGGAGGAGGUUGGCCACGCUGGUGCUCCGCAGGAGGCGUACGAGGACGUGGAGGAGGCUUGCCGCGCUCGUGCUCCGCAGGAGGCGUACGAGGACGUGGAGGAGGUUGGCCACGCUGGUGCUCCGCAGGAGGCGUACGAGGACGUGGAGGAGGUUGGCCGCGCUGGUGCUCCGCAGGAGGCGUACGAGGACGUGGAGGAGGCUUGCCGCGCUCGUGCUCCGCAGGAGGCGUACGAGGACGUGGAGGAGGCUUGCCGCGCUGGUGCUCCGCAGGAGGCGUACGAGGACGUGGAGGAGGUUGGCCACGCUGGUGCUCCGCAGGAGGCGUACGAGGACGUGGAGGAGGCUUGCCGCGCUGGUGCUCCGCAGGAGGCGUACGAGGACGUGGAGGAGGCUGGCCACGCUGGUGCUCCGCAGGAGGCGUACGAGGACGUGGAGGAGGCUUGCCGCGCUGGUGCUCCGCAGGAGGCGUACGAGGACGUGGAGGAGGUUGGCCACGCUGGUGCUCCGCAGGAGGCGUACGAGGACGUGGAGGAGGUUGGCCGCGCUGGUGCUCCGCAGGAGGCGUACGAGGACGUGGAGGAGGCUUGCCGCGCUGGUGCUCCGCAGGAGGCGUACGAGGACGUGGAGGAGGCUUGCCGCGCUGGUGCUCCGCAGGAGGCGUACGAGGACGUGGAGGAGGUUGGCCGCGCUGGUGCUCCGCAGGAGGCGUACGAGGACGUGGAGGAGGCUUGCCGCGCUGGUGCUCCGCAGGAGGCGUACGAGGACGUGGAGGAGGUUGGCCACGCUGGUGCUCCGCAGGAGGCGUACGAGGACGUGGAGGAGGCUUGCCGCGCUGGUGCUCUGCAGGAGGCGUACGAGGACGUGGAGGAGGCUGGCCACGCUGGUGCUCCGCAGGAGGCGUACGAGGACGUGGAGGAGGCUGGCCACGCUGGUGCUCCGCAGGAGGCGUACGAGGACGUGGAGGAGGCUGGCCACGCUGGUGCUCCGCAGGAGGCGUACGAGGACGUGGAGGAGGUUGGCCACGCUGGUGCUCCGCAGGAGGCGUACGAGGACGUGGAGGAGGCUUGCCGCGCUGGUGCUCCGCAGGAGGCGUACGAGGACGUGGAGGAGGUUGGCCACGCUGGUGCUCCGCAGGAGGCGUACGAGGACGUGGAGGAGGUUGGCCACGCUGGUGCUCCGCAGGAGGCGUACGAGGACGUGGAGGAGGCUGGCCGCGCUGGUGCUCCGCAGGAGGCGUACGAGGACGUGGAGGAGGCUUGCCGCGCUGGUGCUCCGCAGGAGGCGUACGAGGACGUGGAGGAGGCUUGCCGCGCUGGUGCUCCGCAGGAGGCGUACGAGGACGUGGAGGAGGCUGGCCACGCUGGUGCUCCGCAGGAGGCGUACGAGGACGUGGAGGAGGCUUGCCGCGCUGGUGCUCCGCAGGAGGCGUACGAGGACGUGGAGGAGGCUUGCCGCGCUGGUGCUCCGCAGGAGGCGUACGAGGACGUGGAGGAGGCUGGCCGCGCUGGUGCUCCGCAGGAGGCGUACGAGGACGUGGAGGAGGCUGGCCACGCUGGUGCUCCGCAGGAGGCGUACGAGGACGUGGAGGAGGUUGGCCACGCUGGUGCUCCGCAGGAGGCGUACGAGGACGUGGAGGAGGCUUGCCGCGCUGGUGCUCCGCAGGAGGCGUACGAGGACGUGGAGGAGGCUGGCCACGCUGGUGCUCCGCAGGAGGCGUACGAGGACGUGGAGGAGGCUGGCCGCGCUGGUGCUCUGCAGGAGGCGUACGAGGACGUGGAGGAGGCUUGCCGCGCUGGUGCUCCGCAGGAGGCGUACGAGGACGUGGAGGAGGUUGGCCACGCUGGUGCUCCGCAGGAGGCGUACGAGGACGUGGAGGAGGCUUGCCGCGCUGGUGCUCCGCAGGAGGCGUACGAAGACGUGGAGGAGGCUUGCCGCGCUGGUGCUCCGCAGGAGGCGUACGAGGACGUGGAGGAGGCUUGCCGCGCUGGUGCUCCGCAGGAGGCGUACGAGGACGUGGAGGAGGCUGGCCACGCUGGUGCUCCGCAGGAGGCGUACGAGGACGUGGAGGAGGCUGGCCACGCUGGUGCUCCGCAGGAGGCGUACGAGGACGUGGAGGAGGCUUGCCGCGCUGGUGCUCCGCAGGAGGCGUACGAGGACGUGGAGGAGGCUGGCCGCGCUGGUGCUCCGCAGGAGGCGUACGAGGACGUGGAGGAGGUUGGCCACGCUGGUGCUCCGCAGGAGGCGUACGAGGACGUGGAGGAGGUUGGCCACGCUGGUGCUCCGCAGGAGGCGUACGAGGACGUGGAGGAGGCUUGCCGCGCUGGUGCUCCGCAGGAGGCGUACGAGGACGUGGAGGAGGUUGGCCACGCUGGUGCUCCGCAGGAGGCGUACGAGGACGUGGAGGAGGCUUGCCGCGCUGGUGCUCCGCAGGAGGCGUACGAGGACGUGGAGGAGGUUGGCCACGCUGGUGCUCCGCAGGAGGCGUACGAGGACGUGGAGGAGGCUGGCCACGCUGGUGCUCCGCAGGAGGCGUACGAGGACGUGGAGGAGGCUGGCCACGCUGGUGCUCCGCAGGAGGCGUACGAGGACGUGGAGGAGGCUGGCCGCGCUGGUGCUCCGCAGGAGGCGUACGAGGACGUGGAGGAGGCUGGCCACGCUGGUGCUCCGCAGGAGGCGUACGAGGACGUGGAGGAGGCUGGCCGCGCUGGUGCUCCGCAGGAGGCGUACGAGGACGUGGAGGAGGUUGGCCGCGCUGGUGCUCCGCAGGAGGCGUACGAGGACGUGGAGGAGGCUUGCCGCGCUGGUGCUCCGCAGGAGGCGUACGAGGACGUGGAGGAGGCUGGCCACGCUGGUGCUCCGCAGGAGGCGUACGAGGACGUGGAGGAGGCUGGCCACGCUGGUGCUCCGCAGGAGGCGUACGAGGACGUGGAGGAGGCUUGCCGCGCUGGUGCUCCGCAGGAGGCGUACGAGGACGUGGAGGAGGCUGGCCACGCUGGUGCUCCGCAGGAGGCGUACGAGGACGUGGAGGAGGCUGGCUGCGCUGGUGCUCCGCAGGAGGCGUACGAGGACGUGGAGGAGGCUGGCCACGCUGGUGCUCCGCAGGAGGCGUACGAGGACGUGGAGGAGGUUGGCCGCGCUGGUGCUCCGCAGGAGGCGUACGAGGGUGUGGAGGAGAGCACCGACGCUGCUGAGCCGCUGUGGGGCUACGAAAGCUGUGAUGGUGUUAGCGGUGUGUUGGUUUGGGAGCCUGGUAUGCAGAGGUGGGAUGAUUUUGGUGUUGUAGGAAUGCCUGAAUUCGGUGGUGAUGUGGAGAGCGGAAGGAGUGCGAUCGACUGUGUCCGGAAAGAUGGCUACCGAUGCGGGGCACCGGAAGUUGUUUAUGAUGAGAGCGGCAAUGUUGUAGACGUGUGUGUUUGGUUUCCGGAUUUAACGCUUGAUGCUGGAGCGGAGGAGAGUGGGGUAGGGGAGGUUUUCACGGAGACUUGCGGAUUGUGGCGUUCAGUGGUUACGUCUAGUAAGCAGUUGUUGAGGGGCCCGAGAUGGCGUCAGCACUUGGUGUCGUGUGCUCCACGGAUACGGGAGUUGGUGAUUGCGGAUGUGAGUGCUAUGCUGGACUGUUCCGCGGCAUGUGUUCGCAAUGUGCGGCUUUACGCCGCUAGUGCUGCUGCAGCUAGUGGUGAGAUUGCCGCAGUUGGCAGAAUGGAGGAUGACAUACUGUGCAUUGAACUAGGCAUUAUUCAAGAGGCUACGGUGGCACUGCACCCGCUAGGCGGGGUGCAGUUCCUGCUCGAUAGCUGCAGUUUUCCUUAUCUUCAACAAUGGCGGCGUAGUCGCGACCAGUUGGAGUGUAAGCGUGAGGGCGUGGCGCACGGAUCACUUUCUCCGCUCUCGAAAGUGGCGGCGCUAUUCACCAACAUGGAAGGCGACGAGAGGAGUGGCAGGGCGCAGGGGGUGGAGCUGCAGUUGUGGGCGUACUCCACUAAGGGCGCGGCGGCAAGAUUCAGGGGGCGUUCUGUUGUGAAACGACUCCCAUUGCCAUCAGCGCGGGUGGUCUACCAGCCGGAGCGGCGAAACUGUAGCGAGGGCAGUCUUGGCUCACUCUCCUAUUUGGAGCAAGAGACGGUUCUGUCUGAUCCCACAGACGGUGCCUCAUCAGGCAGGUUGGUGGAAUCGGCCCUGCGGGGGAAGGUCCACACAUGCAAACUUCCUGCAUCCGCGCAUGCUGCACGAGGACCACUGCCGACACUGCCGGUGCCAUCGAUGCCUUUGCAGAUGGCGACACCGUCUGGUAUUGAGGAAAUCAUAAAGCAGGAGAAGGAGAAGGCCCGCAACUUGAUAGCCACCCGUCCCGUUGCUACCCCGCUCACAGUGCCUGCAGAGACACUCGCGAUGACGUCGCAGCCCACUGAGAUGGCGGGCUUGCCGAAGGAGGCAGUGCAGAAGGCAAACCCAAGGGGCUUUUUUUCUUCUGGGAAGCGUACACACAUGUGA